AUGUCCUCCCCCAUGGAGAUACGUUCCCGUGCAGAAGAGGAGAUGAGAGCAGCAGUAGAGAAGGGCGCCCCAGGCGCAGACGACGCAUUGCGCCGUCUCAUCAACAACACGCAAGCCGCCAACCGUACAUUCCGCGAGAAGGUCGACGGGGAAAUGGCCAAAUGGGAGGGCCAUUUGGAGACGCAAUUACGUGACGACCUCAUCAGAGUCACGUUCCAGGUUGGAGAGCAAGCAACCGCCAAUGCCAUUGCGCGCAGUGUUGCGGCUCCCAAUCAGGAUCCCGCAAUGGCUUCAGAUCCGAUAGCUGUCGAUGGUGUUGGCCCAAGUGGUCUUCAUCAAUAUAUCACUGAAAAUAUGCUGGAGGAGAUGAAGAACAUUUGUCUGGUGCAGCUUGGUGCUUCUCAAGACCGGAUCAAGGUGAUCACGAGGUCGGAUCAAGCUAGAAUCAAGCGCAAUGAGGAGAAGGCUUUGAAGGAUCUUGAGGAGAUGAAGGAACAGCAAGUACAGGACUUUGACAAGGUUAUUGCUGAUAUUUUCGAGCCGGUAAGUUCAUUUUCGCAACCAUUCACCACAGAAAAUAGAAAUGAGAUGCGCUGACACGCUUGAUACAGGCUCCCCCAAACUCAGAUAUUGCACCCCUCAACUCCGCUGCGAGCCGACAAAAGGCAAUCAAACAACGUGUAUUCCCUGAAGGCAGCGCAGAAGCAGCCCUCCAGAAGGCCGAACGAGACUACUCUGGCCGAAUCAACAGCUCGCAAGCCUUCAUCGUAUCCCCAGUACCUCCAGUAUCCCCAGCAUCUUAUCGCGUCUCACCGGCCUCAGCCCAAUCUACUACCAUGGCUGAAGCUCAAGGUUCCUCUGUUCGGGUUCCCGUCCAUAUGACACCAGGCGCCCUCCCUAGACCUCGAGAAAAUGCCGCUCACAUCCUCAGCCUAAUUCAGGAGGCUCGUCAGCCGGUAGGAAUGUAUAACUUGACCACCGCCAACCCAUUGCGCUCAAACCAUGUCUUCUAUCAAUACGUCAACCGACAUGAACACACAGCCGACGCCGACGCCGACAAGGUUGAGAAGGAAAUUGAGAAGGAGGAGUUCGAUCGUGAAGCUGAGGAUGCCCUUCUUGCCGACAGCCCAAGCAAGCCACCAAAGAAGAAGCGCCGUUUGGAGUGA